AUGCGUGCAUUGACCCGCAACGAGCCGCUGGAACGCCACAAUCUGCCAGACAGCGCUCCCGGUGUCGUCGUGGAUGGAGCUGGGUCGACUGAUGCCAAUGGCAUUUAUGUCAGAACUGGCUUCAAGGUAGCCAACACCGAAGUUUUCCAGAAGCGUGGAACCUGUUUGGUGAUGCUGAAGCGAGGUGAAGACUUGAACUGGAGCCUCAUCAAUCUGAACGGCCUCAGGGGCAAGAGUGACAAGGCCCCCAAAGAAGAGGCGAUCAGCUCCGGGGUCUACACAUUCUCGCCAGCAAAGCUCAGAUGGAACCCGAACUCGACUACCUUGUACCAGGUCGCCCCAAGCCUGCACAGCAGAGACAAUCUCCUUCCACCGCACGUGGGGUGGACGGUUGUGGAUGGGCUUUCUCCGGCCCCCAGCGUCAACUUCUGCACCUCCGACAGCCUCAGACCCGAGAAGUUGCUGGCAGCUGCGAUCCCCGGGAAGCUCCUGACACGGAUUGCAGAAACCGCUCCGACAGUUGCUAAAGUGCAGACCUCCAUCCAUCAGGCUUGGAGGACGGAUGCACAGCAGACGCUCCCGCGUAUCCUGCGAUGGGGGACCAGCGAGACUUCCAGAGCUCGGAAGCAAGUGAAGGCGAAGGGAGAAGGGCGCUUGGCUCAGACCCUUUCGUUGCCAGAUCUUCGCAGCCCGGCCGCGUUGCUCAUGCCCGAGGGCGAAACCGUCAUGGUGAUCUACAGCUUGGUCAUAGGCAGGCCCAGCUUCCACUUCGAAUGGGGGCUUUCCUUCCAAGAGAAGGAGCUCAGAGACACAGGCAGGAGGAUUGUGGAAGCGGUGGAGCCAAAUUCGCCGUUCGACCGCUGGAACAUCUGGCAGAUGGUCCGUGGCCGGCCGGAGAUGUGUGUCCGCGCAGGCGACCAGCUGCUAAAACAAAGUGGGGCCUGGGCCUACUUCGAGUGCCCAUUGGAAAGCUCAGAGGGCUACGAGGAUCUGCCGAGCAUCACGGAAUCCGAAACCCUGGAAGGUGUUGGUGACACCCUUCUUGUUCUAGACUUCGGACGCUUCGAGCGAAGGCCGUGCCCACCUGAACCGCCCAGGUUGGAGCCGUGGGAGGCAGGCUAUGGAUUGCGAGUCGAAAUCGAUUCCAGCCUGGCUGGCCCUUACCAGGAAGAUGUGAUUGCAUGGGCUCUGGUGCUGAAAGAGGACUUAAGCGAAGCUGCCUUCGUUUCGACAACCCCUGGCAAAUCGGAGACGUGCUGGCGUGCCUUCGACGGUGAAUCGGGGAAGGAAUCUCUUCUGCAACGGGAGAUCGCUGUAAAAGGCGGCGAAGCACGGUUGUUGGGUUUGGCCCUAGCGGACGUCUAUGGCACCCGGGCGAAGAACGGCCUUUGCCACGCCAAGGACUACUACUUGGAGCUUCCUCCAGUUUCUUGCUCCAUGCAGAAAUGGAGUGAGCUUGCAUGUUUGGCGCGAGAAGGUGCCGUGGCCUGCUGCCCAACUGCUGCAGCGUUUUUCGAUGGGCUUUGUGAAGGAUUGGGCUGGGAUGUCUACGAGUCGCUCUUGGACUUCGAGAUCUACACCCUUGAGCUGCAGCGCCGAGAGCGCGUGCAAGCUCGAAUCCGUCCCCCGACCGACACGUCCAGCAGCUCCGACAGUAGUGAGAGCUUGGUUCUCGACGCUAGCACUACCGAAGAGGAAUCUGAGGUCUCGGGCACCCGACCAGGCGACACAGAGGCAUCCGAGCCGUCAGGGAAGCGCAAGAAGCCACACACUGGCCGAUGCACUGGCUUUGCCAUCGCCGGUGAUUCGAGCAAGAUCGGAGGUGUCGGCGACGCUGUGCUAGUGUCACAGACAGUGGAUCUUCCUGGGCUUCUUUACGGCUUUGGAGAUUUCGACUGUGUGCUGCGGCUACAGCUACCUGAUCUGGAAGUGCUGGCAUACGACUGUGACGGCAGGUUCUGUCCGGUGGGAAUGAAUUCUGCUGGCCUGGGAGUCUGCGUGUUUAACCUGCACGACAGGCAGACAGAAGGCUUCGAGAAGCCGUCGGUUAGCGUGCAGACCUUGGUCUGGGAACUACUGCUUUGCGGCCACACAUUGCGCUCGGCUCUGGCGUGGCUACAGCAACUGAAGCUGCCGCCAAUGUGCGGCAGCGGACUGCUUCUUGUGGAUGCGAGCGGCGCUGCCACGGUAGAGUUGAAUCCAGGUGGCCCUGUGAUCGGCGAUGUCCACCUGAAAGACCCCGUUCUGCGGGCCAACCAUCCGAUUCUGUCCAAGUCUGCAACAACAUUCGGGGCCGGCAAAAAAGCACGGCGUGAUUCGGAACGCCGUCUGCAGGCAGUGGAGGCGGAGCUGGAACGCAGAAAGGACGCAGCGAAGGAGCAGUUUGAUGGCGGCGCUGCCAUCUCUGUUCUGCGGAAGGCCAAGAAGGUCCAUGCUGUGCUGCGCGAUGCGGAGGUUGGUGCAAUCAUGCACAACGGUGGGCCGAUCACGCUCCAUCUCUCCGAGGGUAUUAAGACCGGGCGGACGUAUGCUGCUUGCCUUGCAGUGCUCACUGCUGCUGGCUGGUCGGCAUUCUCCUAUCCAUCAAGGCCCGUGCAUGUGAAGCAGCGACCGGGCCUUAUGGACGGCAUCCUGUCCCUGGUCCUCCCACCCGAGGAUGAGCAGCACAGGAGGAGGAAGCACCUUACUGGAGCUCUCUUCUACUUCCUGCCAUCGGACCUGCAGGCGGGCUUCUCCGCGCCGAUUACCACCCAGAGUACUGUCUCGGAGCCAUGUGAGCUUUUCAGCACAAGAAAGCUCCUGAAGCUUUCCCUCGUCCUACCCCACGGCCGGCCCAAGGGCUUGGAAGUCAGCGAGGAAGGUGGAAGUACGCUGUACGUGGUUGACGAGGGUAGAACACCUGACGCUGAGGCGCGGGUCAUGAAGAUUUCCAACCAUGCCAUUCCGUGGAGGCUGUGCAGCGGCGACUUUAUCGUUCGCCUGAACGGGUUAUCCGGUGCAGAGCGGAUGCUGGAGGAAUUGCAGCACAAUCCUCCGGUGCUUGCGCUGGAGGUACUCCGACCGGUCGGCGGGAAGAGGGAAGGGGAGACUGCAGACAUCUUCGAGUUACACCCAGAGCUUGACGAGCAGUGCCAGGCCAUGGUUUCAGAGACUCGCACCCACGGGCUGCUGAGCAGCGAAGCCGAGCUUGCUUCUCUCUCUGUGGGCAGACGCGAUGAUCUGAUCCAGCAGGUCUUGGAUGGAGUAAAGAGCUUCCGGAGGGACGUCGCUCCAAAGCGCCCAAGCGAUGGUGAGCCUGUGCCCGAAGCAGAAGGCAUGGAUAAUGCCAUCUUGCUGGAUGCACAAAGGCGAGUUCUCGUACUGCACCGCUUCCGCAUGAUGGAGCAAACCGCCAAGGAGUUUCAAGGUGCGGAAAGCGGCCAGCUCUCGGAGGCCUGUCGGCUCCUGCAGUGGGCCAUGGCCGAUGCUUCCUUCUCGCCAGAGAAGCUCGGCCGGAGCAUCGAGGAGUUCAAGAGUUGUGGAGGCACAGCUGUGCGAGCAUCGGCUCCAGCGCAAGUGCUCCUGAAGCGUGCCAUCUUCCAAAUGAAUCUGUGGACCUGGCGCGACAAGCUGAGGGAGGAGCGCAAGGAGCUGAAACGGGCGACCGAGCAGAUGCUGCAUAUGGAAAGAGUGGACCAAGAACACACCAAGCAGUUUCCAGGAAGGCCGAUGCCGAAGGAAGAUGUGGAGAAGAUUGUGCAGGCCAGGAACCUGCUGGGUCGCAAGGUGCGGCAAGGGCAAAGCUUCAGACAGCAACUGCAGUACGAAAUGGCGGAGGCUGAGGCAGUUCUCCGGCGGAGUCUUCGCAGUGCAGCUGGGCAGCAGCAGCUGAGCCUUCAAGAGCAGAACGCGCGCUUCCACCCACAGCGUACGUUGACAGUGGGCAUGCAGAAGGGCUGGUGGUAG